AUGUGCCUGCAAGAGAUUGCUGAGCUUGAAUCCCGCAGACGUGCGCUAGUUCAGUGGUGCCAUGAUGCUGCGCAGGGCAAUUCUACGAGCUCGACGCCACCCCCUGCCUCAUCCCGAUCUGAUUCCCCGGCGCCAAGCACUUUGCCUCUGAGGACAGAAGCUUCGAGCUCACGCAAAGGCUCAGUGAGCUCGCGCGCAAACGAGGAGCAGGUCGAGGUGCAAGCCGGUGGACAUGUCUAUGUCAAUGGGAAGUAUCUAUCUGAUUCUGCUGUGGAGCAGCGCUUGCGUAGGCUGCGCAAUCAAGAAAUCAGGUAUUUGUGA